AUGGACGAUGAGGGAGGCGCGAAGGUCAGUGCCGGUGGCGGCUGCAAGGCCGUUUUCCCGGCGGAGAGCGUGAUGCUGCCGGCAAGCAUGGUGCUGGUGCAGCUCUUCUCCAUAGUGCUGGUGCUCCUCUCGAAGCUGGCUCUCAACACCGGCAUGCAGCCCUUCGUCCUGCUCGCCUACCGGAACCUCAUCGGCGCCGCCGCCGUCGCGCCGCUCGCCUUCUUCUUCGAGAGGAAAGCAAAGAAAGUCCCCAACCUCAUCGAGUGUGGCUGGAUUACCAUAAACGCCACUUUCGGGGUUAUCCUGGCGAUGGGGCUUUACUACUAUGGCCUGCGCGGCACCAACGCCACCUACUCCGUCAUCUUUCUCAACCUCAUCCCCAUCGUCACCUCCCUCGUCGCCAUCGCACUCAGGGCAGAGAAGCUGGCAUUCACAAGCUGGCCUGGCAAGAUGAAGCUCCUGGGCAUCUUGGCGUGCGUCGGGGGAACAAUGGUGGUCACCCUCUACAAAGGCAAGAUGCUGCGCCAUCCUUGGCCUACCCACCUGCUGAGGCCCCAUACUCAUGCAGCAGCAACUCCGGCAGUUCACCACAAUAUGGUCGCAGGCACACUAUUCCUGUGCGGCAGCUGCCUCGGAUACGCCUUCUGGUUCAUCAUACAGGUUAGGCUAGCUAAGGUUUUCCCAUCUAGGUACUGGGCGACGACGCUAACGUGUCUGUCCGGGAGCCUGCAAGCUUUCGUUAUCGGCAUCUUGAUCGACCAUGACACGUCAGCAUGGAGGCUUAAGUGGGACCUACAGCUCCUCACUGUAGUCUACUCGGGGAUAUUCAACACCGGUGUUGCGUUCAUCCUGAUGUCUUGGGCGGUGAAGCGUCGUGGGCCAAUUUACCCCUCCAUGUUCAACUCUCUAGCCAUGGUAGCAACUGUGAUCAUGGACUCGGCACUGCUCGGCACCAGCAUCUUCUUAGGAAGCAUUUUGGGAACACUGCUAGUCAUCUUGGGGCUAUACGCAUUUCUGUGGGGGAAGGGAAAGGAGCUUCAGGAAGCUAUGGCAGCAGCGAAGAACGCCAGUGGGAAGGAGGAAGCUGGAGACUGCGGCGAGCAUGGUUCACAAGAACUGGAGCAGCGCCGUGGCAGCAAUGAGUUAGCAUAACGAGUGCAGGUGUGUUCACGAAGACUAACAGUCGCGACAAAGGUGUAAAGGUGCAGUGGCCUUCUAUACAUAGUUUUCCCGGUGGACGAUGAUGGAGAUACUACUUAGAGUACUCUGAAUUUAAGACUCAUGCAUUAUAUGAACCAAGAGUUGGGCAUCUUCAGAAUUUAGCAUCUCGUAUUAUAUUCAGUGGGCACUUAAUCAUUUAUCAUGUCUCCAUUCCAGAAAAUUCCGUGCAGUUUUUCAGCCUUAUUUUCCCUGGCUGGCAUUCAGUGCAGUACUGUGAGUUUCUGUUUCAUUUCUGCCUGUGAAAUGCAUACACGAGGUACAAAGUUAAACUCUUAUUAUUACAUUG